AUGCCUGCUUCUCUGACACGAGUAACAAUUGGGAUGUUGAAGCCUGGACCUUCUGGUAUUAUCUUCGAGGUCAGAACCGUACUAUCGUCAGAAAGUAGCGGAGUGUUUCGGUUACUUAGGGCAAGUACAAAGGAGUUGCCAUCUGGCGGUUCAAUCACAAACGUCGGCCACACAAAGAAUGGGAACACCGUGGUCUACACAGCUGAUAUCUUGGUUCUAUACGCAUUUGUCCGUCUCUUUAUUGGCGGACCCCACAAGCUAGUUGGCGCUUCCGCGGGCUGGCUUAUCGAUGUAGGUCUCAGUACUGAAAAUGGUGGCGGCGAUCCUAUUGCAUAG